AUGAUCAUAACUGAGCAGAAAUCGUUGCCGUCGAUCGUGCCCGACUACUACAAGCAGCGUCAAAUCGUUCUUCCCGCUCUUCGGGAAUCCCUUGCUGAAGGUGCUGUUUGGCGACUGAUUCCCUUCAAAUGGUUUGAUCUCUGGAAAACGAUCGCCGAAAAGGACGAAAACUCGCGAAAAUGUCCACCGCUGGAUAUUUCGAUUUUGUUCGAAAAUGGAAAAUUGAAAGAAAAUUUGAUGGAGCAGGUUGACUACGCGAUCGUGCCCGAAAAUGUCUACGAGAAACUCGAUGAAUGGCACGGGCUUCCGUCGAAUCGUUCCUUCGAAAACGCGCGAAAAGUGAUCAAAGUGGGCAAAUUCACGGUGCGGCUGAUGGUCGAAGUUUACAAAGUCAAGAUUCAAAUCAUCCUCAAAUUCUGCGGCAACGACACCUGCUCCGAGUCCAAAGGAAAGAAAUACACUCUCAAGGAUUUCACUCGCUUCCAGUCGAAGGCAGACAUGAUCAGGGACAUUCUCGCGAUGAAUAACGACAUUUAUCCUAGAGAAGGACAAAAAACCAGAGUUUGGAGCCGCGAACAUCACAAAGACAAGUGGCGACAUCUGAAUGAAGAGGCUCUCUCGCAGUCGCUCUACGAGCUUGGAAUCAAUUCUAGCGGCCAUAUUCUCUGCGAGUUUCAAAAUGACGAUGGAAGCUGGCCUCAAGACUCGGAGCACGAAGAAAAGAAGACGCUGGCUUCGAUGGUUUCGCCAAGGGGAGGAAAAUGUGGUUUAGUCAAUUUGGGAAACACUUGUUUUAUGAAUUCGGGAAUUCAGUGUCUAGCUGCAGUAGUUCCGUUGGCGAAUUAUUUCCUCGGCGAUGUCUGGAAAGAUGAAAUCAACACGGUCAAUCCGCUGGGAACAAAUGGCAAACUUUCCAGCGCUUUCGCGAGACUGAUCAAAAAUAUGUGGGGAGGGGCCGAAUCGUCAGUUGCUCCAAGUGAAGUGAAACGAGAAUGUGGACAGAUCAACUCACAAUUCUCUGGCUACGGCCAAAACGACUCGCAGGAGCUGAUGUCGACGAUUCUAGACUCCCUUCACGAGGAUCAGAAUCGAGUGAUCAAAAAGCCGUACAUAGAGAAGGCCGAAGCAAAUGGACGCCCCGACGAGGAAGUCGCUGCUGAAUCUUGGGACAACCACACAAGUAGAAAUGCCUCGGUCAUUGUUGACAACUUCCAUGGUCAAUUCAAGAGCACCGUGCGCUGUCCCAAAUGUGGCCGAGUGUCCGUCACAUUUGACCCCUUCUGUACAUUAUCCGUUCCGCUUCCAGAAGCCGCCGUAAAGCUCCUUUCCUUCGUCCUUGUUCAGGCCAACAACAUUACUCAACCCCUCAGAAUCGAAAAAGCAAUCAAACCAAAAAUGACCUUCGAAGAUUUGAAAGCACAGCUCGACGAGUUCAAAACCGACCCCGAUUCGACCUGGUUGACCGCCGAAAUCUACAACAGACGAUUCCACAAAAUCUUCAUGGACAACGAGAAGCCAAGUGUUCUUCAGGAUAAAGAUCUGAUCGUCAUGUUUGAGCUGAAGCCUAAUCACAAUCCUCUAGCUAUUUAUCUUGAAUAUGAAAUCAAGCAUCAGUUCGAGUCGAUGAAGCGCGAGCCAUUCGGACAUCCAUUCAUGAUCAACGUCCCCUGCGAUGAAAAUUCCAAAGGCUCCACUCUCAACAAAACAGACAUGGAAACCCACAUCCGUCAAACUCUAGCAGAUAGCCUUAUCGACCCUAUGGAACCAUUCAGCAUGCGACAGAUCAACUCCUACUCUGGAAACAUGGGCGUUGGAAAAGUAAAAGACGACACUGUGCUGAAAAUUGACGAGUACAGGUCCAAAGCGAAUUUGAUUUACCUCGCCGCUUCUUGGAAAAACGAUGAAGUGAUGAACUUGCCUUCGCCAAAAGAUGUUCCAACUGAUGAUAAAGAACUCCAUGACAAAGGAAUCGACAUCAACCAGUGCCUCAAUUUGUUCACAAUCGAAGAAAAAUUAAGAGAAGGCGAAGAGUGGUAUUGCCCGACUUGCAAGGAGCAUCAGCAGGCGUACAAACACAUGCAAAUCUGGAAACUGCCCCCAGUGCUUAUUCUUCACCUCAAACGAUUUCAUUAUAAUACUAUGUUCAGGGACAAAGUCUGCGAUAUGGUGCAUUUUCCGACACAAGGCCUUGAUAUGAGUCCUUAUGUUCUUGGUCCAGGAGCAGGAACUGCCAGAUACAAUCUGCUAGCAGUUUCAAACCACAUGGGCCGAUUGGGAGGAGGUCAUUACACUGCAAAUGUACUGCACACGCCUACCAACCAGUGGCUUAAUUUUAACGACAGUUUCGUCGGACCAGCAACCGCAGAUCAAGGAGUCACUUCUGCAGCUUACGUUUUAGUCUACGUCCGCGACAGCGAAGACUGGUUUCCUCACCCUCAGCCCGCAAUGGACACCAAUUGA